GCCAUGAGCAGCACGCCCGUGCUCGUCGAGUCGCCACACACGUCGCCCAUGGACGAUGGCGUCCUGCUCGAGCUCGAAACACCUCCCAACGAUAACGCCGUGGCAAAGACGACGACGACGCACACGUACCGGCCCGACGUCGACGGUCUCCGAACGCUGGCUGUCGUUCCCGUCCUCGUCUUCCACGCGUACCCAACGCUGCUUCCCGGUGGCUUUAUUGGCGUCGACAUCUUCUUUGUCAUUUCCGGUUUCCUCAUCUCGGGCAUCCUCUUCCGCGAGUGCCAACUCGGCAAGUUUACCUACGCGGGCUUUUACGCGCGGCGCAUCCGGCGCAUCUUCCCGACGCUCCUUCUCGUCUUGGUCGCGACGUUCUGGCUCGGGUUCCUCUACCUCAUGGCGCCCAAGCUCAAGGCGAUGGCGGCCACGAUGCUUGCUGCGACGCUCUUUGGCGCCAACCUCCAAGUGCUCACGCUCAAGCACUCGUACUUUAGCCUCGACGUCAAGUCCAACCCGCUCCUGCAUCUCUGGUCGCUCGGCGUCGAAGAGCAGUUUUACAUCUUCUGGCCGCUCCUCGCCUCGCUCCUCAUGCGCCUUCGCUUCCGCGUUGCGGUGACGCUCCAAGUCCUCUUUCUGGUCGCGAGUUUUGUUGUCAACAUCACCCUCCUCGGGUUCCACGGCGACAACAAGAUGUCGUUCUACAUGCCGCUGAGUCGGUUCUGGCAAAUGUCGGCGGGCGGUCUCCUCGCCUAUCUCGGCCUGCACGGGCGCGUGCUCUCGGGCGUCUGGCCCACGAACCUCGCGGCCGUUCUAGGUCUCAGCUUCCUCGUCCCUGGCUUUGUCUGCAUCAACGAAGCGAGCGCGUUUCCAGGCUACCUCGCCCUCCUCCCGACGCUUGGCGCGACGCUCCUGCUCGCCGCCGGCGCCGACGCUGUCGUCAACAAGUACGCCUUGGGCAACGUCGUCGCCGUCUACAUUGGCAAGAUCAGCUACUGCCUCUACCUCUGGCACUGGCCGCUGCUCGUCUUCGCCAUCGAGCGCUUCCCAGACGAAGCGGAUCGCCCGUUCUACAUGCAACCGUAUGCGAUGCUGCUCCUCAGUUUGCUGCUGAGUGUCAUGACGUACGAAGACCUUGAAGGGCGGCUCCGGCGACGCAAGUCCAAGUACGUGACGCCGCUUUUGCUCGUAUGCAUGCUGGCGGUCGCGAUCCUCGCGGGCUGCGCCUACAAGAACCCGUCGGCGUUUUCUGAGAUCGAACGCGACCUCGCCAAGUCAUCAGGCGCAGACGAUGUGUCCAGAGUCAACAUGGCCAUGGCCGACCUCGACUGGAGCGUCGGAACGUCAGCGUGCGCACCCGACUCGGUUUACAUUUCGGCGGCCACGAACCCGGUGCCCUUUCCGUUCACGGACCCGGUCCGCACCGACCAAUUGGAGCGCUGCGAGGUCAUCAACCCGGGGCACGAAGCCGACGGCACGCUCGUCGUACUCGGCGACUCGCACGCAGACAUGACCGUGCCCCGGUUCAUGAAGCUCUACGAUGACGCGGUGGCGGCCAAGACGCCGUUUCCGACCAUCGUCUUGAAAGACCGGUGGGGCCGCGCGAUGCUGCCGUGCCGGCCCGAGUUUGCUGCGAACCUCGAGAUGCUCAAGCACGUCAAGCCGCAAGCCGUCCUUGUCGUCGUGCACUGGGUGCAGUUCCUCAACCCCGGGGGACCGCUCGAUCGACCGUAUGCAGACCCGCCGCAGUGCUGCUUGGAAGAGUUCACCGCGUGCGCCGAGCAAACCAUGAAGGACGUGCAGCACAUCUUUGAUGCGUUUGGCGCCGAGCUCGCCAAAGUGUCGGCGCUCGGUAUCAAGGUGUUUGUCGUCGACCAGAGCCCCGAGUUCCCGCGGAUGGUCCCCAACACGUGGCUCAGUGGCAGCAGCGUCAAGCCGCCCGCGCCCGUGAGCCGAGCGGCGUUCCAAAAAGAGAUGGCGUGGCUCUUGGACCCGCUCCACGCAGCAGUGGCGGUCGCCAACGCGACGCUGCUCGACUAUGCAGAAAACUACUCGACUGGCGAUCUUCUGACACUCGUGGACGCAGACGGGCACCCGACAAUGACCGCGGGCAACCACUUGAGCACGUACACGUCGCGAAAAUACCUGUCGAUCGUCGACCAAGUUGUCGCGGCGGCGCGGUCCUCGCCCUAGAUGCUGGCCAAAUAACUUAUCAAAAUCUCUCAGUUUUCGUG